UUUUAGCACUAACCAAAUACAAGAAAAAAAAACAACAAUUAAAAGCAGCGGAGGAGAGAGAAACGAGAGAGAGAGAGAGAAGCUAGAUUACGCAAGAGCGCAUGGAUUUGAUCGAUCAUCGCUCCCUCUCGUAGCGCCUUCCCCUAGGGUUUUCGUCGGGCCUCGAGAUCUCAGUAUCCGAUCGGAUUCGAUCCUUUUUGAGACGGCGGCGGGUGUUAAUUUAGGGUUUUUUUGGUUAAAUUCUCCAUCGUCGGGGAGAUGGAAUCGGCGCCCACUGUUAAGGACAAGUUGGCGUACUUCAGAAUAAAAGAGCUUAAAGAUGUCCUGACGCAACUUGGACUUCCAAAACAAGGGAAGAAACAGGAACUCGUGGAUAAAAUUUUAUCAUUGCUCUCGGAUGACCAAGGUUCAAGAUCUCAUUCUUGGGCGAAGAAAAAUUCUAUGGGAAAGGAUGGAGUAGUGAAAAUAAUUGAUGACACUUACAGAAAAAUGCAAAUUCCUGGGGCAACUGAUUUAGCAUCAAAAAGUCAAAGCAGCUCAGAUAUAAAUCAAGUUAAACCUAAAGAAGAAGUAAGGGAUUUAUAUCAGGAGAUGAAGGUUUCUUGUCCUUGUGGUAGUACGUUAAUUACUGACUCAAUGAUUCAGUGUGAAGAGCCAAAGUGCAAACUUUGGCAGCAUAUCAACUGUGUCAUUAUACCUGAGAAACCUAUGGAGGGUGUUCGCCCUGAGGUUCCACAGUGCUUUUAUUGUGAAGUUUGCCGACUCAACAGGGCAGACCCGUUUUGGGAUACAGCAAGACAGCCAUUACGUCCUACAAAAUUGGCUUUUUCUGGUAUCUCAUCAGAUGGAGCAAAUUCAGUACAAUGCGUGGAGAAAACUUAUCUACUAUCAAGAGCUGACGAAGAAUUGUUACAAAGAUCGGAAUAUGAUCUCCAGGUUUGGUGCAUGCUUCUCAACGAUAAAGUUCCUUUCAGAAUGCAGUGGCCACAAAACACAGAUUUGCAAAUCAAUGGAGUUCCAGUCCGAACGACAAAUAGGCCAGCUGUGCAGUUGCUAGGAAUUAAUGGACGGGAUGAUGGUCCUCUGAUAACCACAUGCAGCAGGGAAGGAGUUAACAAGAUUUGUUUGUCACGGAGUGAUGCUCGCACAUUCAGUUUUGGGAUCAGAAUUGCAAAGCGGAGGACACUUCAACAGGUCCUUAGCAUGGUACCAAAGGAAACAGAUGGUGAGCGUUUUGAGGACGCCUUUGCUAGAGUUUGCCGUUGCAUUGGUGGUGGUAAUGCUACGGAUAAUGCAGACAGUGACAGUGAUGUAGAAGUGGUCGCUGAUUCUGUCACUGUCAAUCUUCGGUGUCCAAUGAGUGGAUCAAGGAUAAAAAUUGCAGGACGGUUCAGGCCAUGUGUUCACAUGGGGUGUUUUGAUCUGGAAACAUUUGUGGAACUUAAUCAGAGAUCUCGAAAGUGGCAGUGUCCAAUCUGCCUAAAGAAUUACUCUCUUGAAAGCAUCGUAAUCGAUCCAUAUUUCAAUCGCAUCACUUCAUUGAUGAGAAAUUGUGGAGAAGAUGUAUGUGAGAUUGAUGUAAAACCCGAUGGUUCUUGGCGUGCGAAGAGCGAAGGUGAUUGCAGGGAUCUUGCUAGGUGGCAUUUACCAGAUGGCUCCCUUAGUACUGCAAUGAAUGGGGAAGUAAAAUGUGGCAUGGACAUCUCAAAGCAUAUUAAGCAGGAAGAUGUUUCUGUAGGCCAGACAGGUUUGAAAUUAGGAAUUAGGAAAAAUCACAAUGGUAAAUGGGAGCUGCAUAAUAAAGUAGCUGAAGAUGCAAGGGCUCCUUCCUCUGGAAACCAUGUACAAGAGAAACUAGGAAAGCAUUUUCAAAACCUUAUGCCUAUGAGCAGCAGUGCCACCGGAAGUUACAAAGACGGGGAAGAUGGAAGUGUUAAUCAGGAUGGUGGGAAUUUCGACUUCUCUCUAAAUAAUGUCCAUGAUCUGGACUCUAUUUCUCUUAACUUCGACCCAACAUAUGAUGUUGAGGAUAGAAUUCCUCCAGCACCAACGAAAGAUGCAGACAUCAUUGUCCUAAGUGACUCUGACGAAGAAGACAAUGCAAAUGCUCCAGCAACUGAUUCUAAUAUUAUUUCUUUUCCUUCCAAUCAUCCUAGAUUUGGAGAAGCAUACUCUGAAGACCCAGCUUUAAAGGUUAAUGGGACUGCUUUUGGUCCCUUUUCCAAUGAAAACGAUGAUUUCAUAUUGCCUAUGUGGCCAUUGCCAACAUAUUCUCAGGCCGGUCCCACUUUUCAGCUAUUUGGCUCAGAUGCCAAUGGGUCUGAUGCUUUAAUUGAUGUGCAACAGAAUUCACUCUCGCCACUCAACAGUUAUGGUUUGGCAUCAAAUGGAGGCAUUGGGGAAAGUUCACAAGCCCAAGAUCUGCCUACUUGCACCAUUGGCAUGGAAGCUAAUGGGAGUUUGGUUGACAACCCUUUAGCAUAUGACAGUAAUGACCCUUCUCUGCAAAUUUUUCUUCCCAGUCAACCUGCUCAUCCUCCACAGGCUGAUUUGAGUGACCAUAGCGAAAUGGCCAAUGGUGAUGCUUUUGACAGUUGGAUAUCUCUUAGCCUUGGCGGUGCUGGAGCAGGGAACAUUGCCCCUGCAUCCUCAAAUGGACUGAAAUCGAAACAGCAGUUUACGGCUCAAGAGAAUGAUACUGCUUCUUUACUUCUGAGCAUGAAUGGAGACAGAGGUCAGAAAACAUCCUCCAACAUUCGAAAGUCUGAUGGUCCUUUUUCACACCCUCGCCAGCCUCGCUCAGUCCGGCCUCGCCUGUAUUUAUCAAUUGAUUCUGAAUCUGAUUAGGAGUCUGGACUGUACGGAAAAAAGAGUAAUCUUCCUUUUCCUCAAUGAGAUGACGAGAAGUUGCAGUUCACACUAUCAAGCAUUUGCGGAAAAUUACGCCAUGGUGAGCACAGAAUCUAGAAACAAGUUUACUAGCAUUUUUGUGGUUGCACUGAGUGGGGGAUAAUUUUUGGACAGGUUGAUACGAAUUUUUUUGAUCAGGUAUGUAGCAUACUGUACAGUGGAAAAGUAUAUAAGGUGAAUGUAGGAGGGUGGAUUUGGGUACAAGGCCUUAAUAUGUGAAGCCCUUCUGUAUCAUUACAUAACCCGAGUUCGCCGUGUAAAUUUUUAUGGCAUUUAAAGGUUUAGUUGUGAUUCAUGAAGUUAGGAAAUAAGAAUCAAAAUUUAAUCUGCAGGUCAUUGUGCUUAUGAAAUUGUCAUUAUUAUCCGAAGAAUCUUCAAAUGUUUUUAAAGUUUAGUACAAGGUGGAUUGUUGCUCGCUGUGUCAUGGUAAUAACAUCUGUUACUACUAUACGCUCUGCUACAAAAAUAUGUGAAAAGUUGAUAUGA